AUGAAUGCUGCUCUUCACCCAACAGAUAUGCAACAAAUUCAUGCUAAGCAAGUAGAAGCUGUCAAGGCUAUGAAACAUACCAAUGAACAAUUACAACAAAUUAAUGAUAAAUGCUCGAUAGAGUUGCCAAAUAUUCAAAAGGAUUUUCAAAUUCAUCAAUUCAUGAUGAAGGAAAUGAAAAGUGAUUUGGAAUUUAUUACAAAGGCUUUAGGUGAUAUAAGGAGAAAAUUAGGAAUUAAAGAACCUGAGAGACAUGACGAUGAUGAAGAUGAUGUCUUGGAUUUGGAUGAUGAAGUAUUAACAUAUUCUCCUGUUGUUCCAACAAAGGUGCAACAUGUAAAUGCUGAAACGUUACAGGAACACGUUGAUGUAACAGCUGAUAAUGAUGAUUUGAUGGACUAUGUUAAUUAA